GGAAAUCUUAAUUCUUUUCUUCCCCUCUUCGCGGGUAAGCACCGCGCGCGCGCGCGCCGCGUUAACCACCCGCCACCCCCACCGUCCGCGAUCUAACGCGAUAAAAUCCAACUGGAUUAUAAAGUUUCGCGAGUCUUCCUCGUCGCGAAACGAAGACCCGCGUCGUCAGUCACGUCGCGAUCCCCAUCGUUAUCGCCGCGACGUCUGUCAGUUUGCCUGAUAACAGAUGAUAUUUAUUUAUCAGCGAAAGAAAACCGUGUCUCGUUAUCUGCGUGCAAGGAUCGUCGCGCUCCUCGACGCUCUUUUUGGAUCGAGUCUUACAGAGGGUUAAUUCAUCAGUCAGUCUUGCGUCUUACCAGUCGAGCGUGUUAUCUUCCAGAACGAAGACACGGCAUCCGUAAUGAACGAAGUGUAUAAAACCAAUUCGACAGUCAGCUGCGACAUGGUCCGCAGGAACACCGUUCCUAUAAUUCACGUUCGCGGCACCCACUAUGAGAUUGGCUUCGACAUCGGUCGCACCUUCGCCAGGAUGAUCCAGAAUUUCGUGGACAUCUAUCCGCCGCUCAACACUUAUCUAUCGCUGUUCGCGACCGAGGAGGGCAGAAAGGUCUACGAAGAGACCCUCGACGCGGCGAAGAAGCAGUUUCCGCAGUACGUGAGGGAGAUUCAGGGCACUGCGGACGGUGCGAACGUACCGUUCACUAAGCUGUUUCUGAUGCAUCUCGACGAUAUUAUCUCGAACGUCACCGGCGAAGCGCAGGGAACGGUGCUUCCAGUCGGCUGCACGACCAUUGUAUGCAACCAACCGGGACAAGAGAUCCUGGGCCACAACGAAGACGCCUACAACGAGACCAUGAACCACUGGUACCUCGUGAGCGCCCACGUCGUGGAGGUCGGCCACAGGGAGGAGAAGUUCACGUCACUGAGCUACGCCGGUUUCCUGCCGGGUUACACGAUGGGUUUCAAUCACCACGGCCUCGUUUACAGCAUCAACACCCUGAGCGCCGCGGUCCUGCGAUCCGGCAAGACUCCGCGAUACUUCUUGACGCGGGCGUUGCUGGGCGUGGAGAACUUCGUGCAGGCGCAACAGACACUGAGGAACGAAGGUUACGGUGCGGCGGAGGGCUUCUCGGUCAACAUGACGUUCCUCGCGCAAGAGGGCGACCGGAUGUUUCACAACGCCGAAGUGGGCCCAGCCGAGGCGGACGCCGCCCGGUCGCAGCUCAACAUCCUCACCGUCAGCCCCGGCGAGAACACGUCUCAUUGCAACAAAUACCAGCGGCUGAAGGUGGCCGAGGUCGAAGGACUGAUCAUACGCAGCAGCGUGAAGAGGAUGGCGGCGAUCUCCAAGUACCCGCCGGUCGAGUGCCGUCAGCACGUGAUCGAUAUCCUCAGCGAUCAGACGGACGACGAGUUCAGGAUCUAUCAGGACAUCGAUCGCAGCGAUCGCAUCAAGACGCUCGCCACAGGCAUUUUCGAUUGCGUCGAGAGAACAUGGUCCGUCUACACGGACAAGCCGCAAUGCAACGAGCCGGUACUGGUGAUACCUAUGGAAAUACGAGAGCCGACGGCACGAUGCGCCAAGAAAUAAUUUCCUUCCCUUGCUUCACGUUUCGACCGAAUGUCUCUCGCCUGGCAACGCAACGAUAGCAUCUAAGAUUAACAUGUAAUUAGACAGCCGAGUCAGUGCGUUCGUUUUCGCCAACUAGUUUCGCGAGAGAAAAAAAGCAACGGAGGAAAAUUCGAUCGCUCGCGUGAAAGUGACGUAAGACGUUGACGUAAGAUGAUAACGUAGAGUAAGGGGGGAUGAUUAUUCGACCGCAUAUCAUCGUCGAUAUGUAUGAAAGAAGUUGUCCCUUUAUGCUUCAUAGAUGGUAAUAAAAGAGGCCUUGUAUGUUCUAAUGAAUAAAUGAAAUUUUAUAUGUCGGAGUUCAUAUCGAUCGAAAAACUAUCGGUGCUGCGAAAUUUUCGCCGAUAUUAAGAAUCGAGUAUAGUAUUGUUUGUACUAUUUUUCUCGCGAGUGUUGCAGAGAUCUCACGACACUUGUGAUAAUUCAGUUCGUACACAUGCAACUGAGAAGAGGGUAGAGAGAAGAGUGCUCGCCGCAGUACUAUUUCGUAAUUUCAUCUUUAAUUUCUUGAUAUUUUCGUGGUGUGAGUACAUUAUUAUUUCAUAGUCUCUCUCUCGAAAUCGUCCAAUUGAUUGAGAAAUUCAAUGUAACGCAAUACGGUAAGAUCCAGUAAAAAAAAAAAAAA